ACAGUAAGGUAAAAUACCUGUUUUACUGGUAUUAUGUAUAUAAUUUUAUAAGCAUAGUUUGUCAGUGCCGCGCAUACGCUAACUGGAUAUUGAACUUUUGUACCUGUUUCAAAAAAAUUGUUUCGCGUUGGAUAAUAUUCGAUCAGUUCAAUGUGCGAUGAGUCCAUGCGGUACUAUUUAAGGCUAGUUCAGCAUCUACAGCUUAGCAUCUCUGACUACUUUUACUCCGAACUUUGAACUUUGUUUAUCUGCUUAACCAUGGCUGACAACAAGAAACUUAACUACAAAGUCGCUGACAUCGAGCUCGCCGAUUGGGGCCGCAAGACCAUCGAAAUGGCUGAGGUUGAAAUGCCUGGUCUGAUGAUGCUUCGUAAGGAGUUCAAGGAUUCCCAACCACUCAAAGGAGCACGUAUCGCUGGUUGUCUUCACAUGACCAUCCAGACUGCUGUCCUCAUCGAGACUCUCACUGCUCUCGGAGCUGAUGUCCAGUGGAGUUCAUGUAACAUCUUCAGUACCCAGGACCAUGCUGCUGCUGCAAUUGCUAAGACUGGAGUCCCUGUCUACGCAUGGAAAGGUGAAUCUGAUGAUGAGUACGUUUGGUGUAUCGAGCAGACCAUUUUCUUCCCUGACGGACAGCCACUUAACAUGAUCCUUGAUGACGGUGGUGAUCUGACUGCUCUGGUUCACAACAAAUACGCUCAUCUUAUUGAUGGAGUCAAGGGAGUGAGUGAGGAGACUACCACAGGUAUCCAUACUCUCGUCAAAAUGCACAAGAACGGAGAACUGAAGCUUCCUUGCAUCAACGUUAACGACAGUGUAACAAAGAGCAAGUUUGAUAACUUGUACGGAUGUCGAGAGAGUCUUGUUGAUGGUAUCAAGCGAGCUACCGAUGUCAUGUUGGCAGGAAAAUGCGCUGUUGUCGCUGGAUACGGAGAUGUCGGAAAAGGAUGUGCCCAGGCUCUCAGAGCAUUCGGAGCAAGAGUCCUGAUCACAGAGAUUGAUCCAAUCAUUGCUCUUCAAGCCGCCAUGGAAGGCUACGAAGUAACUACAAUGGACGAGGCUGUAAAAGAAGCUAGGAUCUAUGUGACUGCUACAGGAAACAAGAGCAUCAUCCGACCUUAUCAUUUCGAACAGAUGUUGGAUGACGCGAUUGUCUGCAAUAUCGGUCACUUCGAUUGUGAGAUAGAUGUCGAUUAUCUCAACACCAAUGCCAAGAGAGAGCAAGUCAAGCCUCAGGUUGACAGAUAUACCCUAGACAACGGCCGACACGUCAUCAUCUUGGCUGAAGGCAGACUUGUCAACUUGGGAUGUGCCCAUGGACAUCCUUCUUUCGUCAUGAGCAACUCCUUCACCAACCAGGUCUUGGCUCAGAUUGAAUUGUGGUGCAACCCUGGAAAAUACAGCGUUGACGUCCAUUUCCUGCCCAAAGAGCUGGAUGAGAAGGUUGCUGCUCUGCAUCUCGAUCACUUGGGAGUAAAGCUGACCAUACUGGAAGAAGAUCAGGCAGAGUACAUUGGAGUCAAACCAGAGGGACCUUUCAAGCCUUCAUACUACCGAUACUAGGAACUUUUAGUUUGAGUCAUUGAUGGUCAGAGAUUGCAUGAUUAUAGAUUAUUUUAGCGUAGAGAGAAUUAAGGGACCUCUUUAUUUUUAUGGUGUCGAAUUGCCAUUUUUAAUCGAUCAUUUUAAGCUUUUAUAUUUAUAAUGAUAUUUUGAGCAGAUAA